AUGAAAACAGAUUAAGGAUAAAGAAAUAUAUGUUAUAUUAAAAUUCGAUUAUAAAAACAAUUUAAAUUCAUGAAAAUAGACAUAACUAUUCUUCUGAUUCUUGUAUCAAUAACUGUAAACAUUGAAUUAAUAAAAGUAGAAUGAGGAAUCUUAAGAGUUCAUAACAGGUUGUUAGAUUGCAUAGAAUCCUUGUUUAAAAAAAUGUGAAGAAGGAUAUUAACUAUGUGAAGAUAACAAUAAUAUAAGAUGUGAGUAUGGAUAUUUUAAAUUAAAUAUUAAGAAUGAGAAUUAUUGUGUGAGAUGGUAUUGAAUAUGAUUUAAAAAUAAAAAGUCCAUUAUCAAAUGUGGAUGAAAUGAUGUACUUAUGUAUGGAUUGUCGAGAGAAUUCAGAAACUUGGUAAAAUUAAAGAUAAUGCACAUAUAAUUAUGCUAUAACAGAUGGAGAUAAAUAUGGGGCAUUUAGAAAGAUUAAAAUACUUGAAACUUAAAUUUUUAAUAUACAUGAAGUAUUAUCAGAAGGAGUAAAGAAUAGUUAUGAAACUGAAUUAUGUGUAGGAUGUUUAGCAUUUUGUGAUGAGUAAUAUAAUGAUGAUGAAGAAGAAGAAUGUAAUAUCUUAUCAGAUCAGGAUGAUAUUAUACAUAUUGGAGUAAUAUGUUCUGAUGGUUAUUAUUUUGAAAAUAAUUUGUGUAUAACUUGUCCAUUUGAUAAAUGCAAAUCUUGUGAUAAUAAAGCAUGUUUUGAAUGCUUUGAUGGUUAUACAAUUGAUUACACUUAAAAAUGCAUACCAUGUUUUUAAGGUUGUGCAAAAUGUGAGUAUUAUAAUGGAAUAAUAUGCUUAGAGUGUAUUAAAGAGUAAGAUAAUUAUUUAGUAUUGAUAUAGGGUGGAUUAGAUUGUUCAUAAUGUGAUUAUUAAUGUCUAAGAUGUUAAGUUAUAUAUGUGAAUGGAAUAGAAUAAAAACGAUGUACUCAAUGUAAAACAGGUUAUAUUGUAAAUAAUCAAGGAUCUUAAUGUGAAUACUAAUAAAAUAAUAAUUGUGAAAUAGGAUACUAUGAAUAUUCAAAAGAUGGAAUCAAUAAAUUAUAGACAUAUAAUUUAGACUUUGAAAUUGUUGUAGAUUAUUCAUCUAAAUAAAAAUGUUAUAAAUGUAAAUCAGGAUAUAAAUUAACAGAUGGACAAGUUUGUACUAUAUAUAUAGAUCCUAAUUGUAAUACUCUUGAUUAAGAUAAAAACUUAUGUUUAGAAUGUAAAGAUAAUAAAGUACUUUAAUAUGAAAAUGGAAUUACUUUAUCUAAUUCUUGUCUUACAGAUUAAUAUUGCAAUAAAAAGAUUAAAUAUUGUAUAUAAUGCAUUUCAUAUAAUAUCAAUUCCAUUCAAUAAUAUUAAUGUAUUAAAUGUCAAAAAGGAUAUUAUCCUGAUAUCUUUACUAAUCUAUGUAUACAAUGUUAAUCUAGAUGUGAUGAAUGUUGGUAAUAUACUAAUAGUUAUAAUAUAACUUCAUAUUUACAAUUAUAAUUAGCUGGAAUAAAUUAUGAUUAAUUUAAAUAAGAUUUAGAACUUAUUAAAAUUGAAAAACUUAAUGAUCCCUUAUGUUCAAUUUGUCAAUUAGGAUUUAAUUUAUACAACAAUUAAUGUAAAGGUUGUACUGAUAGUUGUGUACCUGAAAGUUUUUAAGAAUAUAACUCUGAAUGUAUAUAUUUAGAUGAUACUGCUUAUUGUGCAAAAUGUCCUAUACCUUCAUUAUAAUAAUCAUUAAUUACUGACAAUAGUGAAUGUAAUGAAUGUCCUAAUAAUUGUAUUGCUUGCAGAGAAAGAAUGUAGGAUGAAAUUAAUAGAGUUAAUCCCUUUUUUAAUCCUGAUUUUGAAUAAUUUAAAAAAUACAGUAAUUUUUGCUAUAAAACAAUUUAACCAUAAAUCAAUCAAAAGAUUUAUAUUGAUUCAUUUUUUGGAGUUCCAAUUACUUGUGUUAAUGAUCCUAAUUCUAAAGGAUGUGAUAAAAAAAUAGUUAAAACAUUUAAUGUAUAUUGUGGAGAUAAAAAUGAUAUCCUUUAAGCAAAUGAAAUAUAAUUGAAAGAUGUAUAUAAAAAAUAGAAAAAUAAAAUUGUUACUUUAUAUCUUUAAGGAUUAGAAAAUGCAUAAAUUUAUAAUGAAUACAAUUAGUUAACAAUUAACUAAAUAGAUAUUAAUAUUAAUUUUAUUUCUGAUAAUAAUGGUAUUUGUAACUUUGAUAAACCUAUAUAAAUUAAAUCAAAUUUUUAAAAGAAUAUUUUUACUUUAUAAAAAUUGUCAAUUAUUAUAAAUGGUAAAAAUUCAAUAUUUAAACAAAAUGGAAGAAUGAUACUCUUAGAUUCUUCUUAUGUCUAAAUUUCAAAUAUCAACUUCAAAGAUAAAACAUCUAGUAUAUUUGGAUUAGAGAUUUUAGGUAAGAAGACUAUGUUAACAAUGAUAAACUGUAAAAUUGUUAAAGAUAAUGUUGCAAGUUCAUUUAAUAUUGUAUUAUAAAAUACUAUAUUCCUCAAAUUAUUAUAAGUUGAAUUUGAAAAACUUAAAAAUGAAAAUUUCCUUAAGUAAACUUCAACUAAUUCAUUUUAAGAAUAAGGUCAAUAUAUAUUCGAAGAUGUUCAUGUAAAAAAUAGUGAAAUAAAUGAUAUUCUUAUUACUAUUAAUUAAAUAGGAGCUAAUAAUAUUUUAUAAAUCAAUUCUCUAAAGUUCUCAAAUACUAAUAUUACUAAUACAGCUGUAUUUUCAGAUUUAAUUACUACUCCUAGUUACAAUGUAAUAAUAAAUGAUCUUAAACUGAUCAAAUGUACAAUAACAAAUGGAAGCAUAUUUAAUUUAGCUUUGGUUAAAUCAUUUCAAGCAUAAAAUUUAGAAAGUAUAUUAACUUUAUACUAAAAAUGGUCUAAUUUUAUUAUAAGUACUACAUUCACAAUUGAAAAAAUGUUUUGUUAUCAUUCCUUAUUUACUAAUCACUCUGAACUUAUUGCUUCAAACAAUUAAAUUUAUAAUUCAGAUCAGAAAUCUAGUAUUUUAUUAUUCACUUUCAAAUUGAUUACAUUUAGAAAUAAUAUUUGUUAAAAUAUUAAUUGUUUAAUAAUUCUUUCCACUCCUCUAAAUAAUUAUGGUAUAAGUUCCAAUAUUUAAAUUGAAUAAUUAAUAAUCUAAGAAUUGCAAAUUUAAUCUAUAAGUUAAAAGAAUAUUGAAAAAGUUUCAUCAGCCUUGAUUUCUCUUUAAAAUGUUGGAAAUAUCACUAUGAAUGAAUUAACAAUUAAAAAUACUUAAGGUUUAUCUAUAUUUUUUAUUGGAUAAUCAUAAUCCAUUGAGAUUAAUAACGUAUACUAUUAUUUGGAAAUUUCAAAUGAUUUAUUGUAUGAAUAUGAUGAAUAAAUAAUAGAAAAUUUUGAAAUUGAUCCUAAUUUAAGUAAUUAUAUUAUGGUAACCAAUCCAGUCAAUAAUUUAUUACCUAAUUCACCUGAUUGUGCUAAUAGGAAAAGAACAGCAUAUUAAUUUAAUUCAUAUCUCAUAUACAUUGAAGGAUUUUAAGGAUCUAUUGUAAUGGAUAAUAUUGAAAUUUUUAAUUUAUUAUUUAUAGAUAGAUCUGCUAUAUUUAUUAAAUCUUAUUAAAACUUAUUAUAAAUGUAAAUGGAAACUAUUUUACUUUAGAAUUUAAGUUUUGAUAAUAAUAGACUUGCAUCAACAUUAAAUGGAGAAGAUAUGAGUUUAAUAAUAAUUGAUUCAUAAUAAAUUUAAAACAUUACUAUAAUAAAUGCUUAAUAUAAUGAAAAUCAUUUACACUAAAUAACUGAUUCAUAAACAUCCCAAACACCAGCACUUAUAUUAAUUAUAUCUCCAAAUUCUAUACUUAAUUUAUUGAAUUCUUAUUUUAAUUAUAAUCGUAUUUCUAAAUCAACAAAUGGAUUAAUUUGGAUUAAAGUAGAUUAAUUUAUUCUUAAUAAUUGUUAUUUUAAAAAUACAAAUAUUUUAGAUAUUUAAUGGUUAGAUUAUUUAGAAGAAUAAUAAUUGACAAAAAGUGAUCCAUAAACAACCUUUAUAAAUCUAAGUAAUAUGAAUAUUGAUAAUUUUUAGAAUAAUAUUUUUACAUUUUAUCUAAAGGAUCAAAUUUAUAUAUAAUAGGUAAAUUUAUAUAUAUUGAUAACAUAUAAAUUAUUGAAUCAUAUGGAUAAUCUGCUGCUGGAAUUUUCCUUGAAUUAUUAGAUGGAAUUGUCAUUAUCAAAUAAUCAAACUUUAAAAAUAUCUAAAGUAGUUUAUAGUAAAUUGAUAAUACAGAAGGAGGAUGUUUAACAAUAAAUUCAGAUAGUUCUUAAAUGUAAUUGGAAUUAUAUUCAGUUAUUAUGACUAAUUGCACUGCAAGAAUUAGAGGAGGAUGCAUUCAUUUAUAUCCUACAAAAUUUAAAUAAAGCAUUUUAUUAAAAGAUUCAUAAUUUUAACUUUGCCAAUCUUUAGGAUAUUCUUUUUUCAGUAAUCCCUAUUUAGAAUCUACUGAUCAACCAAUAAUUGAAUUUUUGAACAUUUAUGUAGAAGAUAAUAAUUACAAUAACUUUAUUUAAAAUUUACCAGAUUUAUCAUUAUUAGAAUAAUUAUAAUUAACUAAGAAUUCUGGAAUUUAUUAUUAACAUACAGGAAAAUUAAUAAUAAGAAAUUCUAUCUUUACUAAUAUUAAAUACUUAAGUAUCAUUAAAGCAAUUGCUAUGACUGAUAUAUUUAUAUCUCAAUGUGUAUUUACUAAAAAUAUUCUCUUUUUAAUGCCUCUUUUAGAUCUCUAAAUGACACCAACUGUCUCGAAUCAAAUAUAAAUUAUUGCAUCUGAAUUUAUAGAUAAUUGGUCUACAAAUAUCAAUCCAAUUGUAAAUAAAUGUGAUGGAUAUAUUAGAAAAGGUCUCAAUUCAACCUUAGAUUAAUAAACUUGUGAUUAAAUUAUGUACAUUAUUGAUUUUUAGAAUUUUGUAAAUUAAGAUUAAAUAAUUUGGAAUAGUGAUGAAUAUUUAGAAUAUUAUAAUUAUUUAACUGAAUAAGAUAAGUAUGGAUCUAUCUAUUCAUAUAAUUUUUAUUAUGCAAAAAUUAUUCAAAUUGUUUAAAGAUUUAAUUCAACACCCAAUAAUAAUUUAAUCAAUUGUAUUCUCUAAAAUAUGUUAAAGUAUUAUAUUAUAACAUAUAUUUAGUUUAACAUUAGAAGCUAAUUAAGAUAUAACUACUUCUAUAAUUACUAUAACUAACCUAUUUAGUAAUUCCUAAUUAAAAUUUGAAAAAAUUAGUAUCAUUUCAAAUAGAUGUUUAAGAUGUUAUGGAGGUUUAAUUUAAAUAUUGGGAGUAAAUAUUGGAAUCCAAAAAGAUACUAAACUAUUUUUAACUCAUAUUAAUUGUAAAGAUAAUCUCAUAGGUUAUUAUGGAUGUUUAUUAAUUUAAUAAUCAUAAACUAUAAAUACCUUCAUACCAAAUUAGAAUUUGAUAGAUUUGAAUGUUACCUAAUUUUCUAACAGAUUGUUGUAAUUAAAUUAAGAAUAAACUGUAUAAAUAGAUUUAUCGAUUUUUUCAUCCAAUAGAGCAAGUAUUGGAACUGGCAUUAGUUUAUUAGGAUUGAAUGCUUUAAUAAAAAAUAGCAUAUUCUCGGAUAAUAGUGCAAGUCUUGUUGGAGCUGGUGUUUAUUAUAUGAACAUUGGUGGAGAUUUAGAAACUUCAUUAUAUGUCUACAAUUUAUCAUUUUAAAGUAAUAAAGCAUAAGUUGGAGCAGCAUUCUACUUAAUUAAUAAAGAAUUAGCAAAUGUAAAUUCCUUAUUAAUUAAAUUUGAAUACAAUUAUGCAACAAUAUAAGCAAAUAAUAUUCAUGAGAAUUCAAGAAGAUAAACUCUUUAAAUGAAUGAGGAUUCUUAUUAUUAGAUUCAGGUAUAUCUAAAUCUAAGUGGAGAUGAGAAUCUUGAUGGAAACAUAGAUAGUAUUAAUAACAUUAUAAGGGAAAACAUAACUUUUGAUUAUCAUAUGAUUGGUAACUAUCCUGAAAAGACUAAUCUACUUAUCUUACCUUCAGGGUAAUCUAUUAAUACAUAUGAAUAUUUUUUUGAAGAUACCUAAGAAUACAUACCUUAUGAAUGGAUAUUUAGAGUGAUUAAUUUGAAUAGAUUCAAUGAACCUGUAGUUAAUGAUGAAGAUGGGGAUAAGUGUUAUAUAUUUGGUAGAAUACAAAAGUUUUAGAAUUAUUCUGAGAGUAUAUCUUUUACAAAUAAUUUCACAAUUCCUAAUGAAAUGCAUUAUAACAAAAAUUUAAAAGGAUAUGUAUUAGAUGAUAUGUAAUUGUCUUUUGAUCCAUAUUUUGAUAAAGAUUUUUAUUUGGAAUUAAAAAGUAAUAAUAUUCUAUCAUAAAUUAGUUAAAUGUGAUAAAAUGGCUAUUCCAAUAUAUGCUAAUCCUCCAGAUUCUAAAAUUCUUGGUUACAAUAAAAAAUAUGAAUUAAUUUUAAAUGUGAGAACAUUUCCCUGCUAAAAAGGUGAAGUCUAUUAACUUGGUCGUUGUAUACCAUGCAGUCCUAAAUUAAAUUAAUAUUCUGUUACUAUUGGAUCUGUAUUAUGUUCAUAAUUUAAUUCUGACUACAUGAUAGCCAUAAAAAAAUCAUCAAUUUAGUUAAAACCUGGAUAUUGGAGACCUGAUUAUAAUAAUGAUUAAUCUUUGUAUUGUGAAAAUUUAGAUUCUAAUUGCAAUGGUGGUUGGGUUCCUGGUAAUCCUUCUUGUUAUACUGGACAUAUAGGAGCAUUAUGUGAAUCAUGUGAUCUCUAUUAGAUAUAUAAUUACGAAAGUUAUACUUAAACUUCAUCAUAUAAAUGUGCAAAAUGUGGACCAACUAUGUAAUUAAAUUAUAUAGUUUUGGUGGUUACAUCUAUAAUAUCCUUUAUUUCAAUGGUUUUAGCAGUAAAAGGUAGUUAUGAAUCAUCAAUGUAAUUUAUUAUUGAAGAAAUUUUUGAUAUAUGGGGAGUAUUAUUAAAAAGUUCAGAGAGUAAUUUAGCUGUUUUGAUGAAAGUUCUGACUAAUUAUUUUUAAAUCAUUUAGUUUAUUGCUUCAUUUUAGAUAUCUAUUCCUGAUCUACUUAAAUAAACAACCAAGAUUGGAGGCAAUCCUACUGAAAGUACUACUACAGCUAUGGAUUGUCUCUUUAUAACAAUGUCUGAUUUAGAUAUUUUAUACUUUAGAAUGGUUUGGGCAUUCAUAUAACCAUUAAUAUAUUUGAUAGGUUUUUAUAUUAUCUAUUUUGUUGGAAUUGCAACUAAAAGGUUUCCAUACAAAAUUAAUAUAAUUACUACAGCACUUAUCUAUUAAUUUCUUUAUUUAUAGCCCACUUAUGUUGAAGGAUUUAUUGUCUUAGCAUCCUCUAGAACCAUAAGUGGUAUUCCAUAUGUAUAGAGAGAUGUUGCAUAUAAAUAUGAUAGUGCAGUACAUUAAUAUUAUCUCCUAAGAUUUAUUAUGCCUAUGUUAAUUAUUUGGGUCUUAUUGUUACCUUUAUUAUUUAUGUUUUUAGUUUACAAGAAUAGAGCCACAAUUAACACCAAAUAAACCAAAUUAAUUUAUGGAUUCUUCUAUCUAGAAUAUUAAUUAAAUAGUUAUCUAUGGGAAUUUGUUAAAUUAUUUUAAAAGGAAUUCAUGGUUAUUAUUCUAGUUUAUUAUGAAGAUCAAGUUACUGUUAAAGGUUUGUUACUGGUAGUAAUAAUGUUUCUCUAUGGGUUCUACUAAAUUCAAAUAUCACCUUACAGUAAUAAGAGACUCAAUAUGAUAGAUAGAUAUUCAACUAUCAUUUUGUCUAUCUCUUUAGCUAUGGGGGUUUUAUUGAAAUCAUGUUAAGAUUCACAAUUUGGAUAUUUAGUUAUAAUAGUAUCUAUUUUAUUAAUCUUAAUAAAUGUUCCAUUCCUAUUGACAAUUAUUUAUUACAUUUUUGAAGGAUAUAUUAUAAAAUUGUCCCCAAUCCUCGAUAAAAUAAGGGAUUUCCUCAAUUAAAAAUAUCCAAAUUUAAGUAAAACGUAUCCUUGGUUAAGACCCUACUUAAUUAAUAAAGCAUAAAUGACUAUCAGGGUUAAGGCAUAUUGGGACAUCUUAAGAAAUGCUGUAAAAGACACUAAUCAAUUUUGUAAAGAACAUGAUUUAAAAUUUAAAAAGGUCUUCCCUCCUUAUGCAAAAAUAGAAGAAAAUGAGGGUAAUACCUUUGUGAAUAUUUCAAUUGAAACUAAGCCAAACUUAAUUGAAGAUAAAUAACCUUUAAUAAUUUAAGAUUCCUUUAUUCAUAUAAAUUAAGAUAAUUCAUAAAAUUAGCUACCAAGUGCAAUGAGAACCUAAAAUAUGCAAACUAAUGGAGUAGUAUAGUUAGGUUAAUUUUUCACUUCAUCAUUCAUGAUUAACGAAUCUUAAGAACCUAUACCCAUUACAGGCUAAGGUUUUGAACAAUGGCCUGAUUAAACUUAGUAUUAAGGAUUAAUUGUUAAUGGUNAUAACAAUGUCUGAUUUAGAUAUUUUAUACUUUAGAAUGGUUUGGGCAUUCAUAUAACCAUUAAUAUAUUUGAUAGGUUUUUAUAUUAUCUAUUUUGUUGGAAUUGCAACUAAAAGGUUUCCAUACAAAAUUAAUAUAAUUACUACAGCACUUAUCUAUUAAUUUCUUUAUUUAUAGCCCACUUAUGUUGAAGGAUUUAUUGUCUUAGCAUCCUCUAGAACCAUAAGUGGUAUUCCAUAUGUAUAGAGAGAUGUUGCAUAUAAAUAUGAUAGUGCAGUACAUUAAUAUUAUCUCCUAAGAUUUAUUAUGCCUAUGUUAAUUAUUUGGGUCUUAUUGUUACCUUUAUUAUUUAUGUUUUUAGUUUACAAGAAUAGAGCCACAAUUAACACCAAAUAAACCAAAUUAAUUUAUGGAUUCUUCUAUCUAGAAUAUUAAUUAAAUAGUUAUCUAUGGGAAUUUGUUAAAUUAUUUUAAAAGGAAUUCAUGGUUAUUAUUCUAGUUUAUUAUGAAGAUCAAGUUACUGUUAAAGGUUUGUUACUGGUAGUAAUAAUGUUUCUCUAUGGGUUCUACUAAAUUCAAAUAUCACCUUACAGUAAUAAGAGACUCAAUAUGAUAGAUAGAUAUUCAACUAUCAUUUUGUCUAUCUCUUUAGCUAUGGGGGUUUUAUUGAAAUCAUGUUAAGAUUCACAAUUUGGAUAUUUAGUUAUAAUAGUAUCUAUUUUAUUAAUCUUAAUAAAUGUUCCAUUCCUAUUGACAAUUAUUUAUUACAUUUUUGAAGGAUAUAUUAUAAAAUUGUCCCCAAUCCUCGAUAAAAUAAGGGAUUUCCUCAAUUAAAAAUAUCCAAAUUUAAGUAAAACGUAUCCUUGGUUAAGACCCUACUUAAUUAAUAAAGCAUAAAUGACUAUCAGGGUUAAGGCAUAUUGGGACAUCUUAAGAAAUGCUGUAAAAGACACUAAUCAAUUUUGUAAAGAACAUGAUUUAAAAUUUAAAAAGGUCUUCCCUCCUUAUGCAAAAAUAGAAGAAAAUGAGGGUAAUACCUUUGUGAAUAUUUCAAUUGAAACUAAGCCAAACUUAAUUGAAGAUAAAUAACCUUUAAUAAUUUAAGAUUCCUUUAUUCAUAUAAAUUAAGAUAAUUCAUAAAAUUAGCUACCAAGUGCAAUGAGAACCUAAAAUAUGCAAACUAAUGGAGUAGUAUAGUUAGGUUAAUUUUUCACUUCAUCAUUCAUGAUUAACGAAUCUUAAGAACCUAUACCCAUUACAGGCUAAGGUUUUGAACAAUGGCCUGAUUAAACUUAGUAUUAAGGAUUAAUUGUUAAUGGUAAAAAAUAAGGAAAAGGUAUUUUACUUUGGCCAUUCAAAGAAAAUGAAAAAUAAUAAGAACAGUAUGAAGGCGAAUUCUAUAAUAAUCUAUUCGAUGGUUAUGGGGUAUAUAAAUGGAGUGAUGGUAAAGUAUAUGAAGGAGGAUGGAAAGAAGGCAAGAGACAUGGGUAUGGAAAAUAUCAAGGGAUAAAUUAAUAAUAUGAAGGAGAGUUUUAGAAUGAUUAAUAUUAAGGAUACGGAAAUUUGAAUAUUGGAGAUAAGUUAAUUUCAGGAUAAUUUGUUAAAGGUAAAAUGGAUGGAGAAAUGAAUGUUAUAAUUGGCAAAAAGAAAAGGAGAGGAAUCUGGAGAGAUGGAGUGUUUGAGAAGUGGAUUAAUUGA